AGCGUUGUCCUUUCUGGGGCGAUACUUGAUGACAGGGGGAUAAUCCUCCGUUUCCAAACUCCACCAGUUGUUAUAUUCGGCGUAAUUUCGGUGGGUUUUUCCUUCAUGGUGAUGGCCUAUGGUGGACCUAUCACACAGGUGGGCACCGCUCUUUUGGGGUCACUUGACGGUCCUAUGACGGGAGUAUUUCUGGCGGGAGCGUUCUUACCCUGGGCAAACUCAAAGGGCGCGUUAGCCGGUGGACUUAGUGGUGUGGGGAUGUGUAUGUGGAUUACCCUGGGGGCACAGCUCACAGGCAUCCAGUCACCCUGGCUUCCACUUGGCGGAACCGACUCCUGCCCCACGAACGUCACAGGCUCACUGUCUCUCUUUUCCAACAGCAGUGCUGACAGAGGCUUUAAAACACCGGAAUCCUGCGUUGGAUUGGAGAAGAUGUACGCCUUGUCCUUCACAACUUAUUCAUCAGUUGGUGUCAUUGUAGCAGUCGUCGUCUGCAUUGUCGUCAGCGCCAUCACCGGAUUUACAAAUCCAAGGGAGGUUAAUCCUCUCUGUCUCUCACACUUCAUCCGCGGGUAUUUCUUCACGGGAAAAGAGACUGAUUCGGCCUCAGAGCAGGAAAGCUGCCAAGCUGCAGAGCUCAUGGAGCUAAACCCAAGGAAAGACUCAUUAGAGCGAAGAAAAGAGGAAGACGAAGCCUUUGUUCGCGGAUGAUCCUGGUGAAGAUGCAAGGACUUCAGUCGGAGAUACACCCUGCUGGCCGACAAGUCCAACAGUUCCCGCAAACACGACAGGACAUGAAUAAAGGGUUACU